CUCCAAAACCCCUCCAUCUCUCCUUCUAACGACGGUAAGAAUGGACAAGGGUGCGGUAAAGGGACCCAUAAAUCUCUUGGUCUUACUGUAAGGCGCGGAACCAACGUCGUAUUUAAUACUCAACAUCUAAGCCUCGAUAGCUGAUGACCGCCGACAACGAGGUCCACCUUACUCAUAUAAAUCUUGCUACGAUAAACCAUCGCCGCGCUACCUAUGUCGCCUCCGUCCGACGCGACACCGACAACUCUCUCCUAAACCUACCGAACUUAGAGCAUGGCAACCGGCGCCUCUUGAAUCAUUCCCGUCAUCGGCGUCACAAGGACGCAAACGUGCCAAAAAUAUAACCUAAGCAAGAGUUACAAGGCUUUACGGACCGGGCGGGGUCAUAGAACAUAUCCUAUAGACUUAGAGGAGAACAGUCGAUAAACAUAUAUAACAAGAAAGAACAUGUCUGGCCUUCAAAACGGGUCGAUCCCGCCUCAAACAAACGGCACCCGGCCUAAAGAGUUAGAGACGUUAUGUCGCGAGCUGAAGACCAAAGUCGACACCUUCCUCGACACGCCGACCGAAGACGAAGUCCUCAACUCUGUGAAGAACCAAAUAAUAGUCGCGAGGGGUGUCAUAGACGAGGCAUUGCGACGGUAUAGACCAGAAGAACUCUCGCUCUCCUACAACGGCGGAAAAGACUGUCUAGUCCUGCUAAUCCUAAUCCUCGCCUCCCUCCCCUCCUCCGCGUCCCUGCAAUCCUCAACCACAACCACCACCACCACCACCACCCCCCUAACAACCCCUCCCCCGCCCUUCCCACAAAGUCUCCAAGCGCUAUACAUCCGGCCACACCUCCCCUUCGUCGAAGUCGACGACUUCGUCGCCGCGACAUCGACGACGUACCACCUGGACCUGACGACAGCGAACCAGGCGAUGAAGCCCGCGCUGACGACAUAUCUGCGCGAACGCCCCGAGGUCAAGGCCGUGUUCGUUGGAACCCGUCGCACAGACCCCCACGGCGCGGCGCUGACGUUCUUCGAUGAGACGGAUGCGGAUUGGCCGCGCUUCAUGCGCGUCCAUCCCGUUAUUGAUUGGCAUUAUCGGGAGGUUUGGGGGUUCAUACGCGCCCUGGGAAUCCCGUACUGCCCGCUUUACGACAAGGGAUAUACGUCGCUAGGAGGCAUAGACGAUACGCAUCCGAACCCGGCGUUGAAAGGGGGGAGUAAAGCGGAUGGAGGGCAGUUCAGGCCCGCGUACGAGUUGACGGAGGAUAGGGAGGAGCGACUGGGUAGGGAUCGAUAGUGCAUUGCACUUUUCUUGAGGAAUUAGUCUUGGAUUAGAGGUGCGGUGCGUGGACUGCACGGAGACGACGGUAUGUAAGCAUUAAGCGGGCUUUGGCUAUGGGACAUCAUGUUGGAAAUUAACCAACUCCUGACAUCACAGGGCACGGAAAUGCUCGAAUCUCAACUUAUCGCAAGGGUCGGAUAGAGGUUUGGUAGGCCUUUGAGGUUACCUAGGUACAUAUAUAUUUUCCUUGCCUCUCUGGGGUUAUAUCGAAUAGACAUUAUUACAUUA